AAUGGGAUGUUAACGAACUGUUUGUUCACAUAGAAUCUUGUGUAGGAUUUUAUCUGCCUCGGCAUAAAAUAAAAAGUCAAAAGCAUCUUAUUUACACAACAAGCAGAAACUGAACCUGCAGGGAAUUUCUGCUGUCAGUGAAAAUGGAGCAUGUACAGUAAACCGAUUUAAAUAAAGACUGUUCAUAUAUAAAAGAACGGGAGCUGGGAUUAUGCAUAUCAGCACCUGAACUUUACAGAUUUUUUUUUUUCAAACUUUUUUCCUAGUUGUGUAAGCACUUUUUUUAUGUUUAUAAGAUGUUGGAAAUUCAAUGCAGUGGAAAUUCAAUGCAGUGGUCCAAACUAUGGUCAAUUUCCCACAUUUGACCCUGAAAAAAGUGGGAAUCCGGACAACCAGCAUCGAAUGGUUGUCCGGAUUCCCACUUUUUGAGUAAAAUGAAGAAAGAUGUGACGCUCUUUCUUCAUGACACAUAACAGAUGUCGGUUUAACUACAACAGAGUGAGGAAUUCAAAUACAAACAUUUCAACAAGAUAUUGAUGUCUAGUGAAAGAACUUCUGAAGCAUCUGAGGACCCUAAAAGACUACAGUGAAAUCUAAAGGUAAUAAGUUUACAAUGUUCUAUUGUUGUCGUUAGUAUAAAAAAUAAAAACAUCUCAAAAUAGAGCAAUUACUAAAACUACACUGUAAAAAAUUGUAAAAUGCUGUAUUUUAGAUUAACACUAAUCCCUGGUGUAUUUACUCCCUGUCUCUUAAUGUCAGCUGUUGUUUUUUAUUUUAAAUCCAUGUAUGUAUUUAUUUUCCUUUCUCUCUCUCUCCAGACAAAUGAUACAUCUCUGCAUUUACCCAUCUGGGAAACACUCCAGUGAUUUACAUCAGACACAAGAGCUGUGAGCUGCACUUUUCUAGUGUGGGUGGGACUGACGUAACACACUACAGUCCUGCUAGGUCUGGAUUCGAACCAGCAGUCCUUCAAUUAAAAGACCCAUCCACCAACCAGUAAGCAACGUUUGCCUCUUUUAUUCUAUUCUGUUCUACUCUACAUGCCUGUCACAUUUUGGUGUCCAUUGGAAAAAUCACUCACUGUGUUUGUUUUUAUUUUUCUCACUUUUUCGCACGGGUGGAUGAUGACACUGUCGAUUUUCCAACAUUUCAAUUGCUUCUAAACUUUAGCUCUUGCCUAAUGAGAUUUAUUGCACGUCCAAGGCUGAUGGAAUAGUUGUUGCGAAACAGCAUUCUCACAGCGUGACCUUGUGUAGAGAUAAAUAGGAAGUGCGAGGUAGCAGAUGGUCACAUGUUGUGUUUUGUCUAACCUCCCUUGAAAAAAAGAACAGCCAUAUCUGAGCAAUAACGUUAAGCAUUAACGCUGUCACAGAACAGGGCAGUUUUAAACCGCGGCUGCAUUUAUAAGAUGAUGGCGUCUAUAACGACCGAGAGAUAAUCACUGUGCUGUUAUUAAAAUACACUCUGAAUAAUUUAACCGCCUGCAUUAUUACAGCAUCGGUGCUUCUAUACGACUAAUAACACAAUCGUGUUUCUCCCUUGUUCCAGCCGAGCUUUAAUAAAGUGUUGUGUACGUCUGUGCACUUCAAGUAAUGAGGUGUGGCGUUCAAAGACGUCUGUUUUAUUAGGACACAACUAAAUGGUCCUGAAGGAUUUUUUGUGUCUUUGUUGAGCACCUAAGGCUCUCAGCAUUUCUUUUUCUAAUAUGUGUUGAACUUUACUUUUCCAAAGAUAAUAAACUACCAUGAACUACAACUUGACAAUAGCCCUAAUUACAAAAGGGGGCGCUGUAGAAAAGGUAUGGGAACCGCUGCACUACCUUUUGUUUGUAUUUUUUUUUUUUCAUUUGUUCAACUCCAUAGGUGACUCCUUGUUUAUAACCAAACUUGCUGUAAAUACUAGUCACAACUUGAAUAUGUGUCUCAUAGAGCUGAAAGGUUAAUAAUAAUUAUAAUUAUAAUAAUAAUAAUAAUAAUAAUAAUAAUAAUAAUUUGUACUCUACAUUUCCGCCUUGUGGUUGUUUUGGAGGACAGGCUAUGAGCUCAGACCACCUGGCAGCAGGUGUGACUGACAGCUGAAUAUCUCAGUGUGUGGUGGGGCGGUGAUUAGUGGGCAUCCUGUUACUCUCCGUCUGCCGCGGCUGCCAUGUGAUAUGUGGGGUUUUAAUUCCAUGUCUCAGUCAGCAGACAAGCUUCAUCCCCUGCCAAGCGGUAAGAGCCGGCCUGACCACACUUAUAGGUCCAGAUGAGAGGUAGCGGUGCUACUGUAUCUGCUGCUGAGUUCAACCAGGGUUGAACGAGCAUCAUGUUGAUGUGUUAGGGGAUGACAUCCAGGAUCGUCGGCUUUCUGUUUCCCUCUCCUCCUGUCUUUUUAAAAAAACAAUUUUUUUUUUCAAUGUUUUCAGAAAUUAUCAAAAUGAUUCCAGUCAUCUGUUUGGCCGUGCUGCUGCCUGAAGUGGUUCACUCAGCCGAGGGCCACUACGCCCAGAAGCUUCUGAACGACUUGAUGGAAAACUACUCCAGUGCUCUGCGGCCUGUGGAGGACACGGACCGAGCCUUGAACGUCACCUUACAGAUCACACUCUCUCAGAUUAAAGACAUGGACGAGAGGAACCAGGUGCUGAUCGCCUACCUGUGGAUCAGGCAGACGUGGCACGACGCUUACCUGAGGUGGAACAAAGAGGACUACGAUGGUCUGGACGUCAUCCACAUCCCCAGCAGCCUGGUGUGGAGGCCUGACCUCGUCCUCUAUAACAAAGCUGAUGAUGAUUUCUCUGGGCCGAUGGACACCAAUGUGAGACUGCGCUACAACGGGGAGAUAACCUGGGAUGCUCCUGCUAUAACUAAGAGCUCCUGUGUGGUGGACGUCUCCUACUUCCCCUUUGACAGUCAAGAGUGUAACCUGACCUUUGGCUCCUGGACCUACAAUGGUAACCAGGUGGACAUCAUUAUGGCCAUGGACAGUGGAGACCUGUCAGACUUUGUAGAAAAUGUGGAGUGGGAGUGCCAUGGGAUGCCGGCCACCAAGAACGUUAUCAUGUACGGCUGUUGCUCCGACCCAUAUCCAGACAUCACGUAUACUGUGCUCCUGCAGCGGCGCUCCUCCUUCUACAUCUUUAACCUCCUCCUUCCCUGCUUCCUCAUCUCCUUCCUGGCCCCACUGGGGUUCUACCUGCCCGCAGACUCUGGGGAGAAGGUUUCCCUCGGUGUGACGGUUCUCCUGGCUCUCACCGUGUUCCAGCUGAUGGUGGCUGAGAGCAUGCCUCCAUCGGAGAGUGUGCCUCUGAUAGGUAAAUACUACAUCGCCACUAUGACCAUGGUGACUGCGUCCACUGCUCUCACCAUCUUCAUCAUGAACAUUCACUUCUGUGGAGCGGAGGCCAAACCCGUUCCCCGCUGGGCCAAAGUCCUCAUUAUCGACUACAUGUCCAAGAUUUUCUUUGUAUAUGAGGUGGGGGAGAACUGUGCCUCUGCCUCCUCCACGUCUUCCUCCAACUCCCCACAGGACGACCUGCGUCCCCUGCACCUCAGCUCCCAUGUUCAUACGAAUGGAAAACUCGGAGGCCAUAGUCACCACGAGGACCGACACAGUCAGAAACAUCCCAGACCCCAGACCCCAAAACCACAGCAACAUCCCAGGGUAAAAGCCCAACAUCACAUCACCAGAGAGGAGAGGAGCUACACACCAGGAAAUUACGAAGGAAUAAACGGUAAAAUCUCUACAGGUGACUGCUACAAAGAAGACCAGAAGGAGCCCUGCUGCCCAGAAGACAAAAAACCUCUGCCCUCUGUGACCUUUGGCCCCUGUAUAUUCUGUAGCUACAGCAGCAGCCUCCCGGGAGUGGACACAAAGCUGGUGCGUAAUGUGGAAUAUAUCGCAAAUUGCUUUAGAGAGCAGAGAGCCACCUGCGCCAAAGGAGCAGAGUGGAAGAAGAUCGCCAAAGUGAUGGACAGGUUCUUCAUGUGGAUCUUCUUUGUCAUGGUUUUCCUCAUGAGCAUCCUUGUCAUUGGCAAAGCACCUUGAGUGUGCAGUGAAAACAUGGGUUGUUGAAAGGAAUCUUUCAUUUUUAAUACGUUAUAGGAAAAUACACAUCAUAUUAUAUGACAUAAAUGUAACUGGAAGUUUGUGGCACAAACUUCACACAAGACACAUUUUUAAACAUAAAACAGGAGAUGGAAGAGUCCGUCAAAGAUGACGGAUAUGGCCUUAGGAAAGGUGAUGGGUGUUAUUGCAAGAAUUUUUUAGAUGAAUCUGACAGGUGUGAACAAAACUUUUGAGAUUUGAGGAUGUAGUGAAGAAGGACAAUAUGAUGUUUGAUGGAGGCUAGGAUAAAAAAUAAGAUAAAAUAAAAUUUUGCCUAAUCUCAUCUCCACAACUAAUCUGAUCUGAUCUGAUCUAAUCUAGGCUUCCCCUGGGCUGACCACUGUAACUCUGAGCUCAAAGUGAUCUUGAAGGCUGUAAGUGUUAAAAAAAGUUCUUGAUUUUCAAUACACAACUUCCAAAAAUAAAAUCAUUCCUACCACAUUUUAGUCCAUCCUACAGUAGUAAAUCCAGCUGUAACCCAGUGUUUAAAGUACGAUAUUACGAUUUUCAUUGGCACACAUUUUCUCCCAAAAAUUUUUUUCAAAACCAACUGUAAAUGAAGGGGUGAAAAGGAAAAUACAGGCAGAGGGCUGUGUCACUGCUGUCACCACCUUCAACCCAUGUGGGUGCUGUUUAAUGACAGGGGUGGUUGCUUUUUUGGUAGAUUUAUUUAUUUAUUUUAGAAUUUCUGAAUACCAUACCUUUUUCUAAAUUUUGUGUCCUUGACAGAGCAUUUAAAGUAUUUUUAGGACAUCAUCACAAUCGUGCGACAACAAAGAAAAUGCUCUAGAUGCCAAGAACCUUUAAACAAAUGAAAGCACAGAAUCAGCAAAAUAUCAGUUUCCCCUUCAGCACACAUUUUGACGUCACCUAGUGUACUGUACAGGUGAUGCUGUCAUCUUAAAAUAUGAGCGGCAGAAAAACACGCAUAUCUAGUUCACCACUGUGAAAUCAGAUGCCUCCGUUUGAUACAUGACAUUGGUGCACUCCCCUCAUCCGCAGAAUCAUUUUUCUGUUAAAAAUCAUCCUGUGAAUAGUUAAUGAGGCACCUUUGUUUGCAGCCCAGCAGAGGAGGAUGUAAGGUAAUAUGGAGCAUCAAUUAUGUAGCACCAAGUGCACAUGCUGACACCCACCUUCUCUCAAAACCCCCUUUACCUUGAACUUGGAAAUUAAGCGUGUGUGUUUGUUUGAGCGGAGACGAAUGAAUAACAAUUGGAUGGAGAUAGAUUUUCUUUCGUACUGCGGGAAUUAAUGCAAUUUAUGUUUCCUUUUUCUAGGUCUAUGCUGAAGAUUACUACCAAGAAAUUAAAAAAUUGGAUAAAAACACUUUACGUUCUUAUUUUAAACAGACUAUACAUGUGUUGUAGAACAGAUUAAUUUAUUUUUAAUGAAAAUGUAUUAAUUAAUACAUACAGAGGAUAAAAGGACAGAUGUUACUAAUAAGUCCUGUCAUAACAUUUAUUUUCAAGGCUGAAACACAAAAUAUCUAAGUUAAUCACGGACCUUCAUUUUCAUUUUUUUUUUUAAAGGAAAAGAACCUUUAAAAAUAUAUAUUAUAUUAUACUGCAUUUCAGUGUUAUUUCUAAAAGAAACACAACCCAAAUUUGUUCAUAGCUAUGUAACAUACAAAGUCAAAAGUGUGUAUUUCAAAGGUGGUGAUGAAUAAUAUGAUUUUUUUUCUCUUCAAAAUAACAGCGGCUGUCGCGCACUAUUUUCUUUCGAAGUUUCUAAAGCAGUUAAAAGAACAGCUGCUGUGCUGUCUCUGAUUCUUCACCGCAAUACCUUACAUUUACAGUAGAGGGCAUUGAUUUCCUAAACAGUUAUUUGGAAAUGCAUGUUUUAAUUUGCGUGGCAACAAUGGUGCAUAGUUUUGUAAAAUUAUGUCAUUCACUAAAUUUUUAAUUGAGGCAACCCCCCAUUCUCCCCUACCUUGUUUUUAUAUUAAGGGCCCUUUGUAAUCGUAUGGCAAAAGUUGGCGUCUUUCAUAAUUUGCAAGAAUUCCACUUGAAGUUUGAGACCAUGAUGAAAGAGUCGGGGCAGUGGAAUACAUUUCUUUUCAUCCUACUUUUCAAAGGGAUUUUCAGAACAAAGAUGCGUCAGAUGCAUGCGAUUAUUUUUUUUUUUGUGAGGUAGUCACCUCCAGGGUAGGCAAUUAACUUUUUUUAAAAAGCUUUUUUUUUUUUUUUGCCUCUGCUCACUAUGCCUGGGGGUAUUUUUGAGUCAAUCAGACAUUUGCUUUGCCAGGACCUAGAUAGCAAAAUACAAAAUCGUUUUUCACUCCUGGUUCUACCUAUUCAACAGAAGGGCAUUUAAAGUGGAUUUCAGCAACAUUUGCUCAUAUUUCAAGGACAUUUUGCUCAAGGGCAUCUCCUGCCUCAUUCACUAGGCUGUGAUCACUGCUGUAGGAAACUAAGAUGCCAGUGGACGUUAUUUAAACAGGGAUUAGAGCUGGGACUGUUGUAAAGAAUACGUCACCCACAGUUGACUUUAGUGGGUUUUUUUCCAUGGCUACUACACAGUUUGUAAAGGAAAAGUAUGCAAGUGGUAUGCACUUAAUGUUUACGGAUGUAACCACCCUCCCCUCCUGCAGGGUGUGCUGUGAACACAGCAAUAAAGUUGGCCCUGGCUGAAGAACUUAGUGCGGUGGUCCAAUAUUAUUGAUUUAAUACUUGAACAUGUUUUGACGCGAUAUCACAAAAACAAAUGAUAUGUUUACAUUGGGAGAACCUCACUCUUACUAGUAUUACUAGUUACUAAGUAUUACGAUACCACUCUUGUCUGAAAUGGAUUUUAUUGAGAGAGUAAUAACUUCUAACGUGUUUGUAAAGUCUCUCAGUCAUCCAGGUCAUCUCCAAAAAUUUACGUGAAGUGCAAGUGACGUUAAUACGUCCCUUUCAACUGACGAAGCUGCGUGUUCUUCCUACCUAUGCAGACUGCUAGUCGCGACCUCGAGGGACUACACAGGGAUACUGCAGGCAAGUCAUAAAUUGUAGAAAAUGUUUUCAAUGUUUAUAUUGUAUUUGGCACAUGUUUAAACAAACAAAAACCCAAGUAUUUGUUUAUGAACAUUUGUAUUUUAAUAGCCUUCAAUAAUUAUUUAUGCUCAAUGUCUCCACAUAAAAAUAA